UAGGGAAUUACUAUUAUCAUCUUAGUGGGUGUCCUCUCCCCUUUCCAUAGUUGGACUGGCGACUCCAAAAGAUCUGCAUGGCUUGAGGAACAUCCUAACAAUAUGAUAAUGCAAAAUUCAGAAGGCUUUUGUUCAUGUAAUAUCGGGACAUUUGGUUCUGGUUUUGCCACUCACUUAUGCUGAGAAGACAUCACAGGACUUUGUAGUGUUUGCCGCUUUUGUGCAUGAAAGUAAAUAAGGGUAGCAUGAGUGAGGGCCACUCUUCACAAGGCAAUAGGACUAGGAAGACAGAGAGCCAAAGAGUGCACUACCAUAAGGAUGUCAUGCGAGGGAGUGAGCUGUGGACUGAUGGACUUAUUUGUGCUUUCGAGUUUGUUAGAGGAGACAAGAAAUUUGGACCAAAAUCUUCUACCAAAAGUUUACCACCUGAUGAAAUAGAUAAUGAAAUAGUUAAAAGGCCAGCGCGUGCUUAUAGAUUGGCAGAGGCUCCUGUUCAAAGAACCAACGGGAACAGUUUGCUGGAUUCUACCUCUCUUGUUGAGUUGAGAGAACAAGAGAUUUCUCCUGCGGAUGGCAAGAUGGAUAACCAAAGCUCUCCUGGACAGAAGCUUUAUAAUUUGGAAAAAAUUGGAGGGAGCCAUUGGAGGCCUAUUGGUUGGGCUAGGAUUUCUGAACUUAUCCAAACUGUUCAAGCAGAUUUUGGAUGGUCCACCCAGCAGUUUGAUCUCAUUGAUGAUGAAGAUGAUCUCACUGUUGCAGAUUUAGCCGCUCCGUACUGGGAGCGUCCAGCUGGACCUAUUUGGUGGUGCCAUGUGACUGCUGGUCAUCCUUCUGUAGAUGCAUGGCUCAGUUAUGCCCCGUGGUUACAUCCCGCAAUUAGUGUUGCCUUAAGAGAUGAAGGUCGGCUAAUAAGUGAAAAGAUGAAACACCUCUUGUAUGAGGUCCCAGUAAGGGUGGCGGAAGGGCUGUUAUUUGAGCUGUUGGGCCAAUCUGCUGGUGAUCCAUAUAUUGACGAAGAUGACAUCCCUGUUGUAAUUCGUUCUUGGCAAGCACAGAACUUUUUAGUUACGGCUUUGCACGUGAAAGGAUCAGCAGAAAACCUCAAUGUUUUGGGUAUCACAGAAGUUCAGGAACAACUUCUUGCUGGUGGCUAUAAUGCACCACGGACAGUACAUGAAGUCAUUGCGCAUUUAGCUAGCCGCCUUGCUAGAUGGGAUGACAGAUUGUUUCGGAAAUUGAUAUUUGGUGCAGCAGAUGAAGUGGAAUUGAAGUUUGUUAACAGGAGGAACAAGGAAGAUCUGAGUCUCUUAGUAAUAAUUCUCAACCAGGAAAUCAGAAGAUUAUCAAGACAGGUUAUCAGAGUGAAAUGGUCUCUUCAUGCUAGGGAAGAGAUUAUUUUUGAACUUCAGCAGCAUUUGAGAGGAAAUACAACUAGAAUUCUCCUUGAAGGAAUAAGAAAGAGUACGAGGGAAAUGAUUGAAGAGCAAGAAGCAGUUCGUGGACGCUUAUUUACUAUUCAAGAUGUCAUGCAGAGCAAUCUCCGUGCAUGGUUGCAGGAUAAGAGCCUCAGAGUUUCUCAUAAUUUGGCUGUCUUUGGUGGAUGUGGCCUUGUUCUUACAAUCAUCACCGGUCUUUUUGGAAUCAAUGUGGACGGGAUCCCUGGAGCUCAAAACACACCAUAUGCGUUCGGUUUAUUCUCAGUCCUCCUUGUUGUCCUAGGUGUCGUGCUUAUUGCUGUUGGGUUGCUAUACCUUGGUUUAAAAAGGCCUAUCAAUGAAGAACAGGUCGAAAUUAGGAAACUCGAAUUGCAGGAGCUGGUCAACAUGUUCCAACAUGAGGCUGAGACGCAUGCACAGGUUCAUAAGCAUCUCUCUCGGCAUAACUUGCCCCCAACAGCUGGUGAUAAGUUCAUUGAAGAUGCAAAUUAUGUUCUUAUGUAAUGACUUCAACUGCCCUUGGAGCCAUUCAUUAGUAGGAUAAUCAAGACAUCAAUGGUCAACGACUGCAAAUGUUCAACUUUAUUGGUGCCCAUUUAAUUGUAAAAUAUCUUUCAAUCCCUUCUUGUAAAUCAUGAUGGGAAUAUCACUUAGCAGUUUUCUCUGCUACACUCUACUAGUCUUUUCUGGCGCUUUUUUCUGUCA